UGUCACACAUCGGGUUCGUGGUUUGCUUUGUGCAUMUUUAACAUGUUCAGUGGAGACAGAAAGGUCUUAUUUUGGCAAUUUUAUUUUUGAUGUCCUUUCUACAAUUUGUGAUAGGACGAUGGGGACCUACAGACGUAGCCAAAGACGGAAUUGUGGUUUGCUUUUGCUUCAAAUAUUUUUUUUGCUUUUUGUCGGAGAGCGGGCCUUUGCUCAGAUUCGAUACGCGGUUCCAGAAGAGGUGAAAGAAGGAUCAGUUGUGGGAAAUGUCGCCAAAGAUCUUGGUCUUGAUGUUUUAUUGUUGUCCAGCCGACGUUUUCGUGUCGUCUCCGGAUCAAAUGAAGCAUUGUUUGAGGUGAACCAGGACACCGGGGAUCUCCUUGUCCAYAAGAAAAUCGACAGAGAGGAUCUGUGUCAAGGGAGUGGUGCGUGCUUAAUUGACCUAAAAAUUUUAGUCGAAAACCCUUUGGAAAUGCACUAUGUGAUUGUGGAAAUCGCUGAUGUGAAUGAUCACUCGCCUAGCUUCCCCGAAAAAGAGCAAGAGUUUGAAAUAUUUGAGCAAACAUUACCAGGGGCCAGAUUUCAGCUGCACGCUGCUCGUGAUCCUGAUGCAGGAUCCAACACUGUCCGCAAUUAUAUGUUAACACCAAACGAUCACUUUGACUUAGAUAUUCGUCAGAGUGAUGAUGAUAAAAUACCAUUUUUGGUGCUGAAAAAAUCCCUGGAUAGAGAACAAAGAACGAGUCAUUUGUUAYAUCUAACWGCGGUCGACGGUGGGAAACCUCGUAGAUCAGGGAGUCUGAAUAUUUCUAUAAUUGUUCUUGACAGUAAUGAUAACCGUCCAAAAUUUAGUCAGGACACAUACGAAAUUGAAAUACGGGAAAAUGUUCCGUUUGGCACGUUGUUAUACAAACUAAACGCGACGGAUCCAGACGAAGGCGUAAACGGUGAAAUUGAAUACAGUCUCGGAAAAACACUUAAGAARAAAGUCUAUGACAUUUUUGAACUUGACAAAAAAACAGGAGAGAUAAAAGUCAAGGGAAUACUGAACUAUGAAGAACAUGACGUUUAUAAACUGGAUGUUGAGGCAACAGAUAAAGGAACGCCUCCGUUAAAGGCUGUGUGUCGACUAAAUAUUAAGAUAAAAGAUAUGAAUGACAAUCCGCCUGAAAUUGAAAUCACCUCCGUGUCAAACACUGUGUCUGAGGACUCAAAGCCAGGUAGUGUUAUAGCUCUUCUUAGUGUUACAGAUAAAGAUUCUGGUCAAAAUGGGAAACCAAAACUAAGCAUAGCCUCAGAUGUGCCUUUUGAACUAAAGUCAUCUUUUAAGGAAAACAUUUAUUCAGUUGUGACGAAAGGCAUUUUAGAUCGGGAAGAGGUGUCUGAAUAUGAUAUUACAAUAACGGCGACGGACUGCGGCGACCCUCCACUGUCACAUACRAAAACAAUAACAAUACGGAUAUCUGAYGUAAAUGACAACAGUCCCAUUUUCCUCCAAAAUCCAUUGSUAUUUUACCUUCCAGAAAAUAACCCCGCUGGYAUGUCAAUAUUUUCUGUCAGUGCCACAGACAAAGAUGAGGACGGAAACGCGGAUAUUUCAUAUAAAAUUGCGAAAGAAGGAAGUAAAAAAGACAUUUUGUCAUUUAUAAACAUAAACGCUGAAAACGGGCAAAUA